AUGGCGGAAGGUACCCCAGGUAUUUCAAAUGAACAACUUGGUCCUGGGGAUGAAGUGUGGGUGGAGGAGGAGGAAGAGAUUUGCAUGACUGGGCCAUGCCUGUGCCUCUUUUGUGCUGAAAUUGGUGCAAGUGCUGAGGCUUGUCUCAACCAUUUGCAAUCACAGCAUCAGGUCGACCUGAAAGGAAUCUGUGAAAAAUUAUCACUGUCUUCAUACGGUUACAUUCAGAUGAUCAACUACAUUAGAAAACAUAAAAUUAGUGCUUCUGAGCUAAAUAGCAUUUCAAGCAAAGAUACACCCUGGAAAGAUCCACAGUACCUUGUUCCAGAAAACAACGAGGACUCUCUUCUCAUGCUUGACAUAGUGCCAUAUAACUAUCCAGACAUGGAUCUUCAGCAUGGACGGCAAGAACCUCUUGGAGCCGAAAAUGGUUCAGUUCUGAACACUGAUACAAUGAAUGGCUACAAUUUGUCUCAAGCCGAACUUGAUGAAAAACUGAAAAGUUCUGAGCACAGGUGUAAUGAACUGCAUGGAGAAUUACAACGAGCAGUUAGGGACUUGACCAAAAUUCAAGAAUGUGUGAAAGAUCUAUACAUGAGGGCAGAGUCUUCCACCCCAAAUAGCUGCUGCAAUGCAAUUCAGGAAUUACGUGAAGACGAAGAUGAGGCUUAUUUUGGGUCUUAUAGCCACUUCAGUAUUCAUAGAGAUAUGCUUCAGGAUCGUGUACGGACAGAAGCAUACCAAAAUUUUAUUCUUUCCAACAAAGAAGUAUUCCAAGACAAAGUAGUUCUUGAUGCAGGCUGUGGAACUGGUAUUCUUUCCAUGUUUGCUGCUAAGGCUGGGGCAAAGAAAGUUAUUGCCAUUGACCAAUCAGAAAUUGUUUACAAAGCUAUUGAUAUUGUCAAAGAAAAUGGCUUUGAAGAUGUCAUUCAUGUAUCAAGAGGUAAAAUUGAAAAUACGAUGUCAGCUGUAGACAAGGUGGAUAUUAUUAUUACAGAAUGGAUGGGGUAUUUUCUUCUUUUUGAAUCUAUGCUGGACACUAUUUUGUUUGCAAGAGAUAAAUUCCUUGUCCAAGGAGGUCUGAUUUUUCCCAAUAAAUGUUCCACACAUCUUGUGGCGAUUGAUGAUGAAGGGAUGAGGAAGACUCAUGUCCAGUUCUGGGAUGAUGUUUAUGGCUUCAAGAUGGGGUGUAUGAAGACAGAUGUGAUCCGAGAGGCCAGUGUAGAAAUUGUCAAGCCAAAUACAGUCAUAUCAGAGUCCUGUGUUCUUAAGGAGAUUGAUAUUAGCACAAUCACAUUGAAAGGAUUGGACUAUACCGUUCCUUUGUCCUUGAAAAUGACUCUGGACGGCAAUAUCACUGCACUGGUUGGCUAUUUUGAUGUCAUUUUUGAUGGUGCCAACAUGAAAACUGUUAUCUUUUCUACUAGUCCACAGUGGGAACCAACUCACUGGAAGCAAACUAUUUUCCUAGUCGAACCACCCAUACCUGUGAAGAAAGAUGAUAUUUUGACAGGAACAUUAAGCUGCAUGAAAAACAAAAAGGCUCCACGAACUUUAAUUGUACAAAUCACAUUGGCUGAAUGGCACGCUUCUUAUAUAAUCGAAUAA